GCUCCGUAUAACAUUUAUAUAUAUAUCUCAGCUGGAUCCUUUACUUGAGUUUUGUUUUGAAUGAACCAAGAAAAAAAUAUCAGACAGCAACAAUGGCGACAACUACUGAUACAAGAAACAAGGGGGAGAAUGGAGCUAAGAUUACCAUUGAGAGCAGUAAUGAAGAGCUGAAACAUCUUGGAUUCGUAAAAGUAGCUUAUUUUAACAUUUUAAUUUUUGGGUCUAGUUUUUAUGAAUUCGUUAAAGAUAAUUCUGGACCAUUCAAAUCUGAGAUUGGAAAAGUUGAGGGUAUUGUUAGUCCUGUUCUUGACAAGUUUAGAGAUGUACCUGUUCAUCUUCUUGGAUUUCUUGAUCAAAAGGUUGAUUUUGCUACAAGUAAGUUCGAUGAACAUGCUCCUCCUGCGGCUAAGCGGUUAGCCUGUCAAGCAAGGUCAAUGGUUCAGAAGGCGCUGGGAGUGACCUCCAGUCUUGCAUCCGAGGCUCAAACCAGAGGUGUAACUUCUGCCGCAUGUUCUGCAAUUACAAAGUCCAGAUAAUGCUUAACAGAACAAACAGUGAAGGCCUGGUGGACACUCAACCGACUCACACCGUUUCGAAUGGCGGCACAGGUGACAGUUCCCAUGGCUGCUCAAUUGUCAGAGAAGUAUAAUGACGUUGUCACGAGCAUGUCGCAAAAAGGGUAUACAGCUUCGAGCUACCUUCCACUGGUUCCCCUCGACAAAAUAGCCGAGACUUUCAGGAAGGGUAAAGCAGUUUCAAAAGAAAAUAAGUCAAGCUGAGGGAAUUUAAAUGGGUGAAGGUUUGGUUUGAGUAUGGAGACUAGUGAAAGAUAGAGGGACAACCAUUUAGCCUAGAUUCUAGUCUAGAUAUCCAGAGUGUUGGUGAGGAGUGUACAGGGACUAUGUGGUGUUGAACUUUGCGUAUGUAAAUAGUAUUUAGUAAUAACACGUCCAUUUUCUUGGUUAGUUUCUGUGUUGGAUGUGGAAGGGAAUAGUGAUAUUUAGGGAUGGUUUUAUGAUGUCUUUCGAGUUCUGGAUAUAAUUUUUGUAUCAAAAUUAUCAGUCGAGUGCUUGUUAUUUCUUAUGUUAAACGUUCUAAUUUUUGCAUCUCUAGCAGCCGAAGUAGACAGUGCAGUAGUGGCUGUUAUGAGCCUUUCAUUAAUCCAAAGACUGCCCAAUAACUUGCAUUUCAUGAUAGAAAGUUGCUUCUUUACAAGUAUCUUGCAAGAGCAUUUCCUGUAAAAAGUAGGACUGCUGGUGCUUUAUUUCUCUGCUAAACUAUACUUCAAUGGAAUUUUAGAGUGAACUCCAUGAGGAUUUAGGUCUGUUCAUUAUGAAUUGAUUGCUUUUUGUUAGUGUCUGGUGAGACUAUGAUGAAUGCAUUGUUUAAUACUGUUGUCUCAUGUCAUUAUUCAGGUAUUGCCAUCCUAGUUGGACAGGUUGGAAACUGCUUCGGCUAUAUUGGUUGUUUCCUUGAUUUCUUAAUCUAAUUUUAUGUUGCCGUUGUUUUUAUUCUGUCAUUGCUUCUACGGUUCUGCCAGACUUUUUAGAAUGCUUAUCUAACUAAUGGUUUGGAUGUCCAAACUGCAGGUUACCCACUUAAAGGAGCUUUUGGUCUGUUGGUGCACUAAUACGUAUAUAUUCCCUUCUGCGGUGUCUCAGGCAAGAAUUAGGUCCUCAAUUAGCCUGGUGAAUUAAGAAUCACCAUAUAUCAGACAAGUACGAUGAAGAUGUCGAUAGGCAUCCUUCCUCAUAUCCCUGGAGUUAUAUAUGUCAACUAUGUUAUAGAGUCGGCAUGCAGUACUGUCGGAUCAGUGGCUGGCAUUUGGCAACUUAUUUUUUCCUACUUGACCAGGUUGACUUGGUUACAAGCCUACAAGUAAAUUGGAUGAGCAUGAACCACCCGCGGCACAACUGGUAGCCAAUAUUGAAACUUCCCCUACAGCUUGUAUCUGAGGGUCGUAGCCAGUCAUGCAACGUCAAUAGUUCAAACACAUCUCAGAGACUUAUCGAAUAGUUUAACAGGGGGUAUAGCUGUUACAACAUCUGAGGCAAACCUGGUAGGUAGUCAGAUAUCAAUGGCUCAAGCGCCUCUGUACUGCCCCAAAAACUUGUCUGCGAAAGCCUAACAGGAGGUAUAACUAUUGCAACAUCCGUGACAAUUAUGGUAGCUAGUUAGGCAAGUUCGACAGUCCAAGGAGCUCUGAUGUGUUGAAGGGUCUACCAAGUGGUAUAAGCAUGACAGUAUAUCUUGCAGUUGAGAUAUUAAAAGAUUUUUUGUUGGACAAAUGUGUAAUCCUGGUGGAUGCUUAACUGAGUUCCUCCUUUCCGAAUGGUGGUACAAGUGACAAUUUCUAAAGCUGCUCAGUUAUCAGAGAAGUAUAACCCUAUAGUCACAAACAUGUGUGCUUGCAUUUUCUCUUCUAAAGUUCGAACUUUUCAUCCUCAAUUAUGUGGUCUGCCAGCAUUCACAUCUAAUUUUUAAUUAUUUUGUACGUUACAUCCCGUUUGUCUACAUCUUUCUUUCUAUAUUCAUGUUUUACCUGCUCUUCUAAAUUUUAGUUCUCUUUUCGGAGUACAUCUGAUACUAGUGAACGCUUAGCAUAAACAAUGUGAUCGAAAUCAAAACAGUUCUUCUGGAGUACCGGAGAAUGGCUGGAAGUAGAUGUACCAGAGAUUGCUUGCGCAAAAAGUUGACUCGGUAGCCAAUCAGGCAGGGUCUGUGGUUCAAGGUGCGUUGGAACUUCCUCAGGAACUUGUAUCCGAGGGUGUAACAGGAGUUACAACUGUUGUAGGCCCUGUGGAAGAGCUUGUGGCCAAUCAGGGAAGUUCAUUGGUUCGAGGCACAUUGGGACUUCGAUUCAAACUUGUAUCCAAGGGUAUAACGGGAGGUAUAACUGUCGCAAAUUCGCUAGGCAAUCAGGUACAGUCGACGGUGGACGGUGCAUUGAAACUUCCACAGAUAGGUUUAGGUGUUGCAACAUCUGUUGUAAAGCAGGCAGGCAGUCAGGCACGGUCCGCGGUUGAAGGCGCAUUGAAACUUCCACAGAUAGGUUUAAGUGUUGCAACAUCUGUUGUAAAUGAGGUAGGCAGUCAGGCCCGGUCGACGGUUGAAGGCGCAUUGGAACUUCCACAAAUAGGUUUAAGUGUUGCUACAUCUGUUGUAAAUGAGGUAGGCAACCAGACAAAGUCGAUAAUUAAAGGGGCAUUGGAACUUCCCAUGAAACUUUUAGAGGGGGGUCUAAUUGGAGGUAUAACUGUGGGAGUACAUCUUGCAGUUGAGUUCGUAAUAGACAUCUUAGAAGAAGAGACCGUGAAAGCUUGGUGGAUGCUUAACGGAGUCCCUCCUUUCCGAAUGGUGGCACAUGUGACAGUUCCUAUAUCUGCUCAGUUGUCGAAGAAAUAUAAUGAUGUUGUUAUGAGCAUGUCACAGAUGAGUGCCGUCUUUAGUUAUCUUCCUCUUGUUCCUGUUGACAAAAUUGCCGAGGCUUUCAAGAAGGGUGACCCAGAUUCGAAAGAGAAGUGGAUUUGAGGAUUUGGUUCAGACAUCUGAGUGCUUUUAUGUGUUUUACCUAUUUUCUAAAAAGGAAUAUUGUGGCUAUAUGUCCUUUAUCAUGUGUUCCUUGCAAGUAUAAACCAACUUUUUAUUCCGUGGGAAAA